CUAUCCUUGACUAAUCGUCCAUCGAAAACAUCACUUCCGUUUGGAUGUUGGCUUUUCUUGCUAUCUGCUUCUGAAUUUGGCGACAAUGUUUCGCCUUUAACAAAACAUUAUUAUUGCUUGGGUAGGGUUCAUUUAUGAGAUAUCCCCUUUUCCUCGCUUGCCGAUGAGCUGGCAGCUGAUACAAACACCCCAUGAGGCGAGCUGAAGGGUCGGACACGGAGGGUCUGUUAGCUCCGCACUAGCUUCACAACAACCAGAGAGCUGAUGACCAUAUAAUAUGGACAGUCGGGCAGAGUCGGACAAAAUCGGGGUGCCCAUGUCAGGCCACAGCGGGCAGGGGCCUCAGCCAUCCAGGACCUCCAAACACCGGGAGCGUCGGUCCAAGUCGCCGAGGAGACGGCGAGAGGGGAAGAGGUCACAGACGCGUGGGGGCGAACAGUCACAACCGUCGCUCCAGGAGACUGGGUAUCGGAGGUUACCCGGGCAACGAGAGCAGUCGGCCCAGACCAGCACCGCAACAGAGCCGGCAGACGAUGGCUCUCCCAAGAGGAGAGCCCAUUUUCUCCAUGGACCAUACCCUGCCACCCACUUUGGACCCAAAGCCUGUAUUCUACCCAAUCCCACUUCAGUCAUGCACAUCCAGGACCCGGCGAGCCAGAGGCUCACCUGGACCAACCCCCCGUCCAACGUGCUGGUCAUCAGGAAGAUCCAUGACGAGAGCCUGGUGGAGCCCUUCAAGGAGCUCUGCCGCUACCUCGUGGAGGAGAAGCAGCUGAUGGUGUAUGUGGAGCGCAGAGUGGUUGAGGACGGCACCCUUAAAGACGACGAGCUGUUUGGAUCCAUCUGUAACCAACUCUGUACCUUCAGAGAAGGUUUCGACGACAUCUCGGACUGCAUUGACCUCAUCAUCUGCCUGGGCGGAGACGGCACUCUGCUCUACGCGUCCUCUCUGUUCCAGGGCAGCGUCCCUCCAGUCAUGGCCUUCCAUCUGGGCUCGCUGGGAUUUCUCACACCCUUCAAGUUUGAGUCAUUCAAGACGGAGGUGGCCAAAGUGUUGGAAGGCAACGCGGCCAUCACCCUGCGCAGCCGGCUGAAGGUGAAGGUGGUGAAGGCUGCAGUGCAGCAGCCCCAUGAGGAAGAGGAGGAGGGGGAGGGGGAGGGGGGGGAGGGGGGGCAGCAGCAGCAGGCGGGGGGGGAGGAGCAGGGGGAGGAGCACAACGGCUUCCUCUGCCCCCACGGACCCCCUGGUGGAGACGCCGGCAAGGUCACCCUGCAGCUUCAGGUGUUGAACGAGGUGGUGGUGGACAGGGGCCCGUCCUCCUACCUGUCCAACGUGGACCUGUACCUGAACGGGCGUCUCAUCACGUCGGUGCAGGGCGACGGUGUCAUCGUCUCCACGCCGACGGGCAGCACGGCGUACGCGGCGGCGGCGGGCGCCUCCAUGAUCCACCCCAACGUCCCGGCCAUCAUGGUGACGCCCAUCUGCCCACACUCGCUCUCCUUCAGGCCCAUCGUGGUGCCGGCCGGCGUGGAGCUCAUGAUCACCCUCUCCCCCGUCGCCAGGAACACGGCCUGGGUGUCGUUUGAUGGCCGCAAGAGGCAGGAGAUCCAGCAUGGAGACUGCAUCAAGAUCACGGCGUCCUGCUACCCGGUGCCGUCCAUUUGCUGCCACGACCUGGUGUACGACUGGUUCGAGAGCCUGGCCCAGUGCCUGCACUGGAACGUCCGCAAGAGGCAGGCCGGCCUGGCCCAGCCCUCCGACUCCUCGGACACAGAGAACUGAGAGGGCCCCGCGGGCAUCCCGCCCAGGCUUGGACUCCAACCAGGAGGGGUCAGGUCAGGGGUG